UGGGAUGGUAAAUUGCUUCGUGACCUAGGGAAAUAGGAUUGACAACUCACGUAUUCUAGGAAGGAAACGGGAGCUUGAGGGGUUUAAAGCAAUGGACUCUAAGAUUCCCGCUGGGCAAACCGACCCUGAGAUUGAUACCGCCCAGCCGUGGGUUGAGAGCAAUAUCUUCAACAGCGAUAUAUCAUACUGUAAUUAUUUUAAAAGCAGCCUAUUCUAUCUCCUGUGCAUAGAAUCCGACCCGGGAUCCAUUUAACCGCUAAGCAUAACCACCUCGGGUAAAUUCCCCAUUCCCGCCAUAUCACACUACCCUACCCCCGAGUUUACCUUCCCUCCGAUUACGCCGACGUCAGAGAGGAAACCCUUUUUCGUGUCUCUCCUAUCUCUUAUAAAAUUAGGGCAAACAAAUUUGGCAAUAAGCUCGAUUCCUCCUUCCCCUCUUCCAUCUUCUCUUCCAUCCCAGAAACAACAAACACCACCAUAGUAUAACCAACGGAGGAGAUAAAAAAAUUCAAUCCAAGAUGCCACCGAUGAUUGACUCUCAUAUCCACCUCUUCACCAAAGACCACCUCCCGCACCUCGCCUGGGCAACCCCAGGAAGCUCCCUCUAUGCCGAAAACUCUAUCCCAGAAUAUCUCUCUGGCAUCCCUCCUUCCGAGCUCGCUAACUUUAAGGGGUUUGUGUUCAUCGAAGCGGAUAGACGCUACACCAUACCCUCUGAUGAGGCAAUCUCUGAAAACGACACUUCCGCGUUGAAGAAGGCAUGGGAAUGGCCUCUAGAGGAAUUCGAAUUUGUCUAUAGACUUUCAAAGACUCAUACUUAUGGCAAAUACGUUCUCGGAAUUGUGCCCUGGGCCCCGAUGAAUCUUGGGGCUUUGGCGGUGGAGAGGUUUUACGGGUUACUGGAUGCUGAAGGGGAAGUGAAUGCCGAGAGAAGGGGGGCAUUGAAGGGGUUUAGAUAUUUGGUGCAGGAUAAGCCCUCUGGGACAAUUGGUGAUGUCAAAUUCCGGGAGAGUAUGGGAUGGGUGUGGAAGAAGGGGCUGGUCGUUGAAAUUGGGGUUGAUACCAGGAGUGGUGGGUUAUGGCAGCUGGAAGAGGCUGUCAAGGCUAUUCAAGAGGUUGUCAAAGGUUCAGAGCGUGUUAGGGAUGUUGGGGCUUUUGUCAUUAGUGUGUUUGCCUGCUCCCCGACCCACGAUAACAGCAGUGCAGUAGCUGACUGAUGACUAACCAGACCACCUCUGCAAACCAAAUCUCCAAAUCGUUCCCUCCGAGAUCCCUUCCCACCCUACCUUCCGGGCCUGGAAAUCCAACAUCAAAACCCUCGCCAUUUCCCACCCUUCCAUCGUCAUGAAGGUCUCUGGCAUAUUCGCUGAACUCCCGCACGACGAGUCAUUCUCCAAACUCUCCGCUUCCGAAAAGGAGGAUGCAGUGAUCGCCCAUGUCAUGCCCUGGAUCUCGGAAGCCCUUUCCACCUUCGGUCCUGACCGGGUCAUAUGGGGGAGCGACUGGCCUGUUUGCAAGAUGGGGUUCGAAAUGAUAUAUCCAUCCGGAGAGUUUAGUGCGUGGGAGACAUGGCGUGGACUGGCAGCCAAGGUGAUGCAAAAGUUAGGUCAGGAUAAGGAUACGAUGGAGAAGUUGUUUUCGGGAAAUACGGCUAGGGUUUAUGGACUCAUUUGAUGCACCUUAUUGAUGAGGGGUGUUUGUGAUGGGUGAAUUGACUGAAGCUGGAUGAUGCGUGGGCCGUGGUUUAGAUAGAAUUCCCACAGGCAACCACAUGAUAGUUGUUAUUUACCUCUUCCAAUCGAAGCGGAUUCUACCACUACUCUACUGUGUUCCUGAGUGAUUUUCCAUCCACCCGAGCUACUCUCUCCCUCUCCAGCGAGCAAGCGGCGGCACAGAUUCUCACUCGUAGCCACCCUACGACAGAGGCCGUUUGGUAACAAGGCUUUGGCCAAACACACCAAAAUAGAAGGUUCCCGAGGUAUCAUUAUCCAACCUCCAUAAGGGGGAAUAGCAUAGACAGAAAGAAAAAAAAUAUAAAAAAGUGAUUUGCUAUAAAGUUAACGCCUAGAUAACAAAACCUGUGUUUUUUUCCCUUCUGUCUCAUAGGAGAGUAGAGAGGAGAGUGUGGGGCGUGGGGUGUUCUUUCCUUUAAGCUACUUGCCAAGACCAGAGUUUUUGUAUGGGAAAGAUACAUCGCAUCAGACCUUAAUAUGCCCACAGCUUUAUAGGAGCCCCAAAGAAAAGUAUGA